CCUCGGGGUUCCUUCUGGCGUCCACACGGAAGCAGCCUAUCUACAAGGAACAGCACCAGAAGUACAAGAAACCCAGCAAAGGCCCCUCGACGGCAGCACGACCGCUCCAUUCCAUUCGGCCAUUCCGCCCCCAGCACAAAGCCCAAAACCCCUCUCUCUCCUACAUUUGUCAUCCACUAAAAACCCCCGCCUCGCUGCCGGCAUUCUCUCCAGCCAAAAGACUAAGCAAAAAAAAAAUCCCAGAUCGAAACCUUGUCUUAAAUUUGUUCACAAUAAUAACGUUAGCACGACUGGGAGUAUUAGGAGUGCAAGAAGAACGACAGAAUGGAGGAGGCGGAGUCGUCUCGGAAUGAGUGGAUGCAGCGCCUGAAAUUAUCCACCGGAACCUGUUCUUCUACUCUGCCGAACCUGCCCAAUAUAUUUGAUCUCUCCAGCUUCAAUUCUUCCUCCCAAGCCCGGGGGCCGCACUGCCCGCUGCCACCGAGUCCCAGCUUCAGCCCCGAGGCCAGCAAGCGCCCCGGCAUUCCGCCGGCCCACCCCACCCUCCCCCCGGCCCUCCCCCCUACCCCCCAGAUCCCCUCCGCCGCCGCCGCCGCCGCCGCCCCCUCCCACUCCCGCUCCCUCUCCCAGCCGGCGUUCUUUAACCUCGACUCGUUCGCCUCUCUGAGCCCCCCGUCCUCCUCCGCCGACGCUCCCAUGGAGGACCGUGUGACGGCCAGCUCCCCUACGCCCGCGGAAGCGCCGCUCGCCAGGUCGUCCUCCGGCCGGGCCUCUGGCGACGGGCUCCCGCCCCGCAAGGCCCACCGGCGGUCGCAGAGCGACGUACCCUUCGGGUUCUUCCAGUCGAGCCUCCCCAUCGCGGGAAUUCCUCCGCUGGCGCCGCAGCGGGCGCAGGGUUUCCUCGAGCGGUCGUCGUCGGCGAGGGAGGGGUUCGGGCCUGGUCGGCAGCCGCCGCAGUUCGUGAAGCAGGAGAACGAGUGGGAACGGGUUGGGAAUAGCAGAGCUGCGGGAAUCGGAGGACGGAAGCCGGAAGGGGAUUCAGGGGAUGAUCCGGUCAAUGCUUACAUGAAUUUGGACAGCUUGGAUGCUAUGAAUUCAUUGGGGACCGAGGAGAAGCGCGAGGACUUGGAUAGUAGGGCUAGCGGCACGAAGGCUGAUAGUUCUGAGAAUGAAUCAGAGAGCAGCGUUAAUGAGAGUGGUAGUAGCGUUCAGUUCCGGACACCUUCGACCGAGAAGAAGGAAGGGACUAAGAGGAGUUCUCCUGCAGAUCUGUCUCCGAUAAAUUCACGCCACUGUAGGAGUAUCUCGAUGGAUGGUUUCAUGGGCGAGCUGCAUUUUGGGGAUGAGUCACCGAAGCUGCCACCUUCCCUGGGCAAUCAGAUGGGUCAGCAUUCAAGGAGCGGCUCGAUGGAUGGGACAAGUAGCACAUUCAGCUUGGAGUUUGGGAAUGGUGAAUUUAGCGGUGCUGAUAUGAAGAAGAUCAUGGUGAAUGAGAAGCUUGCGGAGAUGGCGCUAACAGAUCCCAAACGAGUCAAGAGAAUUUUGGCCAACCGGCAGUCGGCUGCUCGUUCCAAAGAAAGAAAGAUGCGGUAUAUUGCUGAAUUGGAGCACAAGGUGCAAACCUUGCAGACAGAAGCGACCACAUUGUCAGCACAACUUACAUUAUUACAGAGGGACUCAACUGGACUUACCAGCCAGAACAGUGAGUUGAAGUUCCGACUUCAGGCCAUGGAGCAACAGGCACAGCUAAGAGAUGCUCUGAAUGAAGCACUGACUGCAGAGGUCCAGCGUCUGAAACUUGCUGCUGGAGAAAUCACGGAAGCUCACCUUUCGAAAAGCUUGAAUCAGCAAAUGUCAUUGAAUCCUCAGUUGUUUCAUCUGCAGCAACGGCAGUCACAACAGCAGCGGCAUCAGCAAUCUACUCAGAUUCCUCUCUUUCAGUUGCAGCCACAGCAGCAGCAGCAUACUGAUGCUGCUGCAAAGCUUGAAUAAAAAAAAUAAUAUGAAGCACUACAUGAAUACCAUAGAAAACAAAUCAAAAGGGGCUGCAUUUGGUUCUGUUUUGUCAUCUUUAAUUUCAGUCAACUGUCUGAAGUCAAACAUCUCGAUGUUUCUGGAUGCAUAGAGCAUAUAUACCAGAAGGGUAGUAAUUCUGUUUACUUAUUCAAAUAUUAUGACUUUUAUGUGGUCCGUAGGUUUAUUUUAAUGGCAGAAUUAAUUGUUUUGUAACUAAAUGUUUAUUUGUUGAUGUUGUUGGACAAAAUAACUAUUAGAGAAAAAUGUUCUCUCAUACAUAUAUUGCAAUUGGUAAUAUCAUAGUACUAA